CCAGGUCGUAUGAACCGUUCGAAGAAUACAUCUGAUUGAUUUCCCGGGGGAUCACCAUCCACACAUCACUACAAGCGACACGACACGUUAUGGCCUCACGAUUUCCACGUUCAAAUCUCCAUCAGCGCGACCCUCGCAGCUCGUCUUCCCUUUUCGACUCUUAUGGCGGCGAUUCGCGUCCAGCCAGCCGAUCUCCUGGCCGCAUAGGGGGAUACGGAUACGGAGGCUAUACCCCACCGGCUGGCGAGGGCUUGGGGAAUGGCGGCCCUUCAGGAGGAUUUAGGACAGCGACUCCAAACAAGAAAGGUCAUUACUCCGAUGCCGUUCUCGACCACCUUGAGUCACAAAAUGAUGCAGAGGUGGAAGGAAUCAGCGCCAAAGUCAAGAUGCUCAAAGAUCUCACCGUCGCCAUCGGCGACGAAAUUCGCGAUACCUCGGCGAUUUCCGACCUCAACAACACCUUCGAAAACACCAGAGUGCGUCUCCGUGGUAACAUGACCCGGAUGCUGCGGAUGGCGGAGCGCACCGGUGUGGGUUGGCGAGUCUGGUUGGCUUUCUUCCUGGCUGUCUUCCUGCUCUUCGCAUAUGUGUGGAUAACCUAGUCGACGGGCGCAGGCACGCUUCUCGGGAUACUUAGUCUAAGUAUUCUUCUAUGCUCCAGGAUAGAUCUGUGGUAUAUCCGU